AUGGGUAUCAUUGGAAAAUAGCAAAUUGGAAAGAGUACCUUCAUGAGAUCAUCAUUCGGUGCAAAAUUCAAAUCUAGUGAGCUUGAAGGAUAAAAGACUACUAAUGGGAUAGAUAUUGGAGUUAUCAAUAAGUAUUGGUUCAGUUAAAUUCUAUUAGAUGCUGAGGGUUAUAGAGGUUCUGAGACAGUGGCAUAGUUUUAAAGCCAAAUAUCAUGGAUAAAAGAUAGUAAACAAAAGAGAAAGACUGCGAGAAAUUUAUCAUAGUUUUCCUCAGUGAUGCAAUCUCUAUGUCUUCUUAAAAUUUGUGAUGUGUUGUUUGUAAUAAACAAAUAUGACGAUGAUUGGCUAGAGUUUGAAGAUUUUUUGGAUGCUUCAGAAAACUUCAAUCAAAUGAAUACUAGCUCCCCUCCAACAACUGUCAAGCUUUUCACCUCUAAGAUAAAUAAUAUUAAUGGGCUGAGGGAGCUAAUAGCUUCUCCAGUUUUAGAAGCUAAUGAAAUUAGAUUUAACACGGUAUUUCCUAAUGAUAACUCUCUAGAACCUAUUCAGAAAAUUCUUAACGAUUUGAAAGAAUGCAUUAGUUACAAGUUAGCGAUGAAGGAAUAGCUAGAAAGGAUAAAUAUAUACGAUUUUAACAUAGUGUUCUGGGAAUUAAGAGAUGCUUCUCAUAAUAAGAAUGGAUAUAGCUUGUUUAAGCAUUAACAUUAGCCUAAAUAAGGAGAUUUCUUUUAGCAAUGCGGUAGUUUUUUCAAUGAGCUAGGUUUUUCUUUCCAAAUCUAAUUUAAUUAAGAUCUCAGACGAAGAUAGUAGGAUUAAAUAGAGCAUCUUAAAGAUCUUAUCGAGAAUAAACUUAGAAAGCUGAAUGAUACUUUGAAAAGCCUAUUAUAAAUAUUCUCUCUUGGAAUUUAAAAAGGACUAAUAUAACUCUUUGCCUUGCAAAUUCUAGAAGUAGUAGUAAUCAAAAUAAAUUAAAAAGACCUUAAAGUUUAAUAUCUUGAUCAAUAAAAAGCUUUAUUGUUCGAGAAAUCUAAUUCUUUAAAUUAAAAAUAAAAUGAAAAUCUUACAGAUUAGCAGCUUGUUAUAAAGUAACUAAUCAGACAAUUAAAAGACUUUUCGAAUAUUUUUUUAGCUGAUGAUCUUAUGGAGUAGCUAAGUCCUGAUAAAAGAGACAUAUAUGAAAAAAAUAAGAAAGAAUUCUUUAUAAAGAAUCCAUAUGACACAGAUAAAGAAGAUUUUAAAUAGGAACAAGUUUAUAAUCAAGAAUAAACUUUUAAUAGUGGAUAAGAUAAACAAGUGGCUAAAGAAUAAUUAAUAAUAUCCACAGAAGAGUCAUUGAAAAAGUAUUCAAAAGUAUUAUCUAAUGUAAUUGAAAGCUAUUAUAAGUUUCAAUCUGAGCAGGAUAAUAAUCAAAGAGAUCUAUGCACUUAGUAACUAAAUGAAGCAAUUGAAAAUUUGAAAAAUAGAUAAGAUGAUAUUUUCAAUUGUCUCGAGCUGCUUAAGAGUAAUAUUCACAAUUAAUAAUUUGUUUGA